AUGAGGUUUCAGGAGGAAGGACUUCCUCUUACGAUGCGGCAAAUGGUGCUUGCAGUCCUGACGGGUGCCCCUCUGCCGGACGACAUGCCCAAGAAGAGCUGUCUGCUGUACCGCUGUGAGAACAAGGCCGAAUUUGCCGCGGGCACGCCCUCCUUUGAUGUGUGGGGGCUGCGCCCGAUCGGCCUGGUGGGGCCCCGCGAGAACCCCGUCGACGUGGUCCCCUUCCUCGCCGCUGGUGCCGAGCUCGCCCCAAGUGAGGGUGCAGGAGGGCAAGCUCCGACGGAGGUCGGUGGCCCAAGCGCUGAGGAGCACAUGCCACGUGGUGAUCUUGGGGCGUCGUCCUCGGGAGCUCACGAUCCCUCCCCUGGGGCGUCGGUGACCGAGGCAACGCAGCAUGCGGUUCCCGAGGUCAAGGCCCCGGAAGCCUGGGAGGUCGUGGCGAGACGACGCCCGACUGUUCACCGCAGCCGAGCACCCCUGAAGUUGUCCCUCCAAGCUCUUCUUUGGCUGCGCCUCGCGCUGGCCGCCAUGUCCAGCACUUCGAGAAAGAAAAACAACCCCACCCCGCACGACCCACUAACCUACGCCCCUCUCACUGUAACCACCGCCGCCGCUUCCUUCCCCCACGUCGGCGGCCUCUCUCCACCGCGCGCCGCCCUCCUCCUUCCCCGACGCCAGCCGCCGCCCUCCACCACGCGCCGCCCUCCUCCUUCCCUGGCGCCGGACGCCUCCCUCCACCACGCGCCACCCUCCUCCUCCCCAGCGCCGGCCGCCUGCCUCCACUACGCGCCGCCCUCCUCCUUCCCCGGCGCCGGACGCCUCCCUCCACCACCAGCCGCCCUCCUCCUUCCCCGGCGUCGGCCGCCUGCCUCCACCACGCGCCGCCCUCCUCCUCGUCACGCUGCCGCCGCCCUGCUCCCUCCCCCAGCGUGCCGCCGCCGCCCGGCUCCCUUCCCGAGCGCGACGCUGCCGCCCUGCUCCCUCCCCCAGCGCGCCCCCGCCACAGUGGCCGCACGGUCCACUGCCGCCACACUAGUCCGUUCGCCACUACCAACCAAGGCCGUUCGACGACGUUCAACAACACAGAGGAGCGCCCUGGCUGAUCACAGCCACCCCCCGCAGGCCGUAGAACGCCACCUCCGCAGGCGGUUCAUCGCAGCAGCGACCUGGAUCCUGCUAGUUCCCACCAGCGAUGUCUAUUCAAGCAUGUCGUCAUUCUCUAGCUGCAGUGUGGCUCGGCUACUGCACUUGGUGCAGGUGCGAGAUGGCGGCUGCUGACGUCGCUAAGUCCAUCUACAAACUAGUGGUUAGCUGCUCCCAGCGGUAAAUGUGGUCGGGUUCAGCAGCGAGCUCUUCCUCGAGCAACCAUUUGGAGAACUUUAUUGUGUUCUUGUGGUGGUGAUUGAUUUUAGCAUCAACAAAUUUGACGUUGGUAGCUAGCUUGCGUAUGGAACCCACGAGUUCAAUAUUGGCUUUAGAUUCAGUUCUUGUUGUACAAAAUGUCCCAGUGUUGACAUUUAUUCGGGUAAAAAAGUUUAUUUCAGUUCA